GAGCGUAGAGCAAUGUUGUCAUGCCUGCUGACGAGCUGCGCUAGUCACUCUGCCAUGGCGGCCGUAAUGUCGCUGAUUAAGGAGGGGACGUCGUAGUGUCUUGUUUGAAUUCGCUUUUUUAGUUGACGGGUACCGCGCGUGUUUUGUUGCUCUUGGUUUGAAUUUAACAGCAUUUAUCUCCGAAGCGGCCAUGACCGUGGAGCAGAAUGUCCUCCAGCAGCAUUCUCAGAAGCACCAGCAGACGCUACUAAACCAGCUGAGAGAGGUCACAGGCACCACAGACAUUCAGCUGCUUCAGCAGGCUCUGCAGGUGAGCAAUGGAGACGUGGCUGAGGCCGUGGCAUUUUUAACAGAGAAGAACUCAAAGGUUCCUCAGCAAGAUGAGACUACCUACUACCAGACUUCCCAGGUGGCCAGCGACAGAUAUAUCAGCGUCGGCAGUCAGGCGGACACAAAUGUAAUCGACCUGACGGGGGACGAUAAAGAUGACCUGCAGAGGGCGAUCGCCCUCAGUCUGGAGGAGUCCAGCAGGGCGUUUAGGGAGACGGGCAUCACUGAUGAGGAGCAGGCCAUCAGCAGGGUUUUGGAGGCCAGCAUAGCAGAGAACAAAGCGAGUCUAAAGCGUACCCACACAGAAGUAUGGAGCGACUCGCCCAACCCACAUGACAGAAAGAGGAUAGACAGCUGCCCAGUGGGUCUGAAGAACGUCGGCAAUACCUGCUGGUUCAGUGCUGUCAUACAGUCUCUGUUCAACUUGCUGGAGUUCCAGAGGCUGGUUCUCAACUACUCGCCACCCGCCAGAGUCCUUGAUCUGCCUCGCAACCAGAAGGAGCACAGAAAUCUGCCCUUUAUGCAAGAACUGAGGAACCUGUUCUCGCUCAUGGUGGGCUCCAAAAGGAAAUACGUGGAUCCGUCCCGGGCAGUGGAGAUCCUCAAAGACGCCUUCAAAUCCAGUGAGUCACAGCAGCAGGAUGUGAGCGAGUUCACCCACAAGCUGCUCGACUGGCUGGAGGACGCCUUCCAGAUGAAGGCUGAGGAAGACAGCGUGGGAGAGAAGCCAAAGAAUCCGAUGGUGGAGCUUUUCUACGGCCGCUUCCUCGCCGUGGGUGUGUUAGAAGGGAAAAAGUUUGAGAACACAGAGAUGUUUGGCCAGUACCCCCUGCAGGUGAACGGCUUCAAGGACCUCCAUGAAUGUCUGGAGGCAGCGAUGGUGGAGGGGGAGAUCGAGUCCCUGCACUCAGCAGAGAACUCUGCCAGAUCUGGUCAGGAGCACUGGUUCACGGAGCUCCCUCCCGUGCUGACCUUUGAACUGUCGAGAUUCGAGUUCAAUCAGGCGUUGGGACGACCUGAGAAGAUCCACAACAAGCUGGAGUUUCCCUCCAUGCUCUACAUGGACAGAUACAUGGACAGAAACAGGGAAAUAACCAGAAUCAAGAGGGAGGAGAUCAGGAGGCUGAAGGAGCAUCUGACGGUGCUGCAGCAGCGCCUGGAGAGAUAUCUGAGUUACGGUUCAGGCCCCAAGAGGUUUCCUCUGGCAGAUGUCCUCCAGUAUGCCAUGGAGUUCGCCUCCAGUAAGCCAGUGUGCACCUCCCCAGUGGAGGACAUAGACACAUCAGCCCCCCCUGGUGGCACGACAGGGCAACAGUUACCACCACCGAGCAGCACAGCUGAGCCGGACACUGCCCCUCCCCAGGAGAGUUCGGGCCCUGCUUCUGCUCCCGCCGCGGCGCCCCCUGCAGCCCAGCAGCAGAGAGUUCCUGUGCACAAGCCCUUCACCCAGUCUCGACUGCCGCCCGACCUCCCCAUGCACCCCGCACCGCGCCACAUCACAGAAGAAGAGCUGAGGGUGCUGGAGGGCUGCUUACACCGCUGGAGGAGCGAGGUGGAGAACGACACCCGCGAUCUACAGGGCAGUAUAACCAGAAUCCACAGAACCAUUGAGCUUAUGUACUCAGACAAAUCUAUGAUGCAGGUUCCAUACCGGCUUCAUGCAGUGCUGGUCCAUGAAGGCCAGGCUAACGCCGGCCACUACUGGGCCUACAUUUACGAUCCUCACCAGCGCUGCUGGAUGAAGUACAACGACAUCUCGGUCACCAAGUCGUCGUGGGAGGAGCUGGUCAGGGACUCGUUUGGAGGCUACCGCAACGCCAGUGCCUACUGCCUCAUGUACAUUAACGACAAGAAGCCGUUCCUCAUAGAAGAAGAGUUUGAUAAAGAGACGGGCCAGAUCCUGAGCGGCAUGGACAAGCUGCCUCCAGACCUGAAGCAGUACGUGAAGGAGGACAACGAGCAGUUCGACAAGGAGAUCGAAGAGUGGGACGCCAUGCAGGCCCGCAAGGCCCAGCAGGAGAAGCUGGCUCUGGCUGCAGCAGCUGCGUCUGCAGCCCUGUCCAGCACCUCCACCUCCACUUCCUCCCCACAACCCAUGAGCAUUGAAUCCAGCCCUCCAGAUAACACUGUAGCCCAGCAGGAUCCGGAGUACCUGGAGCAGCCGUCGCCCACAGGCGACUUCAAGCACCUGCAGGAGGACACGGAGAGGGCCAUAAGCAGAGCGGCCGCAGAGCAGGAGGACCGGAGCCCUGAGGUCCUGCUGAACGCUUCAGCCCCCCCUCCCUCCGCCCUUCAGCCUGAGGCCCAGAUGAGCCCCGCCCCUCCCUCUGACCAGGUUAAAGAGGCCGAGGCCCCUUGCCAGCGCACCGUAGAGGUGGCCAUUCCUCACGUGGGCACCUUUGUCAUUGAGUCAGAGGAGGGGGGUUAUGAUGACGAGAUAAUGAUGACCCCCAACAUGCAGGGUAUUAUUAUGGCCAUUGGCAAAUCCAGCAGCAUAUAUGAAAAGAACGGGCCUGAGGCAGCCUUUUUUAAGGCCAUCAAGCUGGAAUACGCCCGUCUCCUGCGGUUUGCCCAGGAAGACACGCCGCCCGAGUUGGACUACAGGUUACACCACGUCAUCGUUUACUUCAUCCAAAACGAGGCGCCCAAAAAGAUCCUGGAGAGGACUCUGCUCACACAGUUUGCUGACAGGAACCUCGCCUUUGAUGAGAGAUGUAAGAGCAUUAUGCAAGUGGCACGUGCUAAACUGGACCUGAUUAAGCCUGAGGAGGUCAACAUGGAUGAAUAUGAGAUGUGGCACCAGGACUACAGGAACUUCCGAGAGACAACGGUGCUGAUGGUGACUGGUUUGGAGCUGUUCCAGAAGUCAAACUACGUGGAGGCCCUGAUGUACCUCAUCUACUCGUACCAGUACAACAGGGAGCUGCUGCUGAAAGGCCUGUACCGCGGACACGACGAGGAGCUGCUGGGUUAUCACCGCAGAGAGUGUCUGCUGAAACUGAACGAGCAAGCGGCUGCCAUGUUCGAGUCCGGAGAGGAGCCGGAGGUGAGCACGGGCCUCGGCAUCAUGAACGAGCUGGUGGUGCCGUGCAUCCCCCUGCUGCUGGCGCAGGAGGCCGAGAAGGACCUGCUCGCUGUGGAGGACAUGAGGAACCGCUGGUGCUCCUACCUGGGCCAGGAGAUGGAAGCCAACCUCCAGGAGAAGCUCACCGACUUCCUGCCCAAGCUGCUGGACUGCUCCACGGAGAUCAAAAGCUUCCACGAUCCCCCCAAGCUGCCCAGCUACUCCACCCUGGAGCUGUGCGAGCGCUUCGGCCGCAUCAUGGCCGCCGUCGGCCGGGCGCCCGGCGAGGGGAGAUGAGCUCGGGCCGCGCCGCCUCUCCCCUCACGGACCUCCAGUCAACCCACGCCUUCCUUCUCAGCCCAGGGGUCGCCGCUCGCUUCUCGCCGUUAUUCUUCUGUUACUCUUUAUUAUUAUUUUUUUGCUGCUAUAGGUUUUAUCAUCCUAAAUAUUAUUUCCACACUUCUUUUUAAAGCAGAACAGUAGAGGAAGGAUGAGGCGGGGAGGGAUAACAGUAUUGUGAGAAGAGUUGAAAGCAAUCACAUUGUGCUUCAGCUUUGCAACAUAAGAAAAAAAAUACAAGAAGCUUCGAGGUUUUUCAUAGUUAAUAUUGUCGUUGCUGUUUGAUUCAAGCUUCCCUAGCCACAUUAAUAAUCCUUUCUGAAACCCCCCCUCCCCGCCCCUCUUUGUGGAAUGAACCCUCCGGUUCUCUUGCCACCUGUUUGGUACAGUAUUACCAUGUUUUAUUUUUCUAAGAAAGUAAGGAGGAGAGCCUUCAGAUGUCUCCGAGGAUCUCACAUGGGUCUCAUGUCUUUGUGAACUGUGCCAGAACGAGAUGUUUUAAGUGCUGUGGUAGACGGCCGCAGGUUUCCUGUGGCUUGUUAAUAAUUUGAGAGAAUAAAAAUUUUAUUUAUGGCCCUUUUAGGCCAACUAAA